UACACAGUACUAUACUUUAAAAAUAUCCAGAGUAAUUAACUGUGUAGACACACAGUAAUAUACUGUGGAUUUCACUGCUAGUUUUUACUGUGUAGUUUACUGCACAGAUGUUCCAGCUCUCAGGGAACAAGCUGUAAAUAUCUGUUAUAAUUACUAAACAGGGAAAAGUCAAUUCACAGGAUGCCUGCGAUCUGUAUUUCUCCAUGGUGGAGCUUUGUUCCUGUUGGACGUUUUCUUUCAUUGUGUAAAUCUCUUAAUGAUCUUGUUUACCCUUCAAUGACAAUGAUUGCUUAGUUGGCAGAGAGCAUAGCCAUAAAAAGAAGCAGGAAAUCUGUUACUGCUCACAGAAUUCUUGUUUGCUCUCACUCUGUGUCUCAAACACACUCAUGCUCGCACACACUCACAAAGUCACAUAGAGUGGAUUUACAUUUUUCUGUCGUUACUCUACAGCAGAUUAAGAGUUUAGUGGAGCAGGACUUUCUUGCAGUUACUGCCCCAGACUUCACUAAACAAACACGCCAAGGAAAGAAUAUCCACGCUCUGCCUCGGUUUCCUGGCUAAGAUGUGACGUCAGUCUGGAGGGAAGAGGGGGGCCCACUGAGAUUCCCUCACUAUCUGCUGAGGAUGUGAAAGGCUGAGGCUGCCUCCGCACCACCCCCUCAUUUCCCCACAGUCAACAGGAAGACUGGAGGCCAAAGAGAGCUGCCACACUCUGCAGGAGAGGAAGGACGUAGAGGUCCAGCUGUACAGUCAGAACAAAGGAAAACUAUCAAGGCAAAGGAAUGAGCAAGAAUCAGAAAGAAGUCAAGAAAAUCCAGUCAGUCUAUUUGCAGAACUUGGAAAAACUAAACCAAGGGAUAAAGCCAGACAAGAAGAAUUGGAAACCAAAGGAAGGAGACUUUGCUGUGCAAACAGCGAUGGAGAAGCUGCGACAGCCUCCUAUAGCUGGACAAGUAACCAAAAGCUCAGCACACAGAAUCAGCAGAGAUCUGACCUGCUCCAUCUGCUUGGAUCUUUUCAAGCAGCCGGUGUCUUUGCCCUGUGAUCACACCUUCUGCCAGGGGUGCAUUGAGGGUUACUGGUCCGGUCCCCGUGGCCACGCGCAGGGAGGCUCAGGCUCCUGCCCUCAGUGCAGGAAGGUGUACCCUGGGCAGAGUUAUAGGCCCAACCGCAUUGUUGCCAACAUCGUGGAGAGCUACUGUCAGGGGCUGGAGGAGAGCGGGAGUGGAGCCUGUCUUCCAGAUGUUGGGGUGGCAGAGAAGGCUCCCGCUCCGGUCCCACGCUGCAGCAGACACAGAGAAGAGCUGAAGCUUUACUGUGAGGAAGAUCAGGAACUGGUGUGUUUGGUGUGUGGUCUCUCUCAGGAGCACAGAAAUCACACCAUGGUGUGUGUCCAGGAAGCCGAGCAGAAGUACAGGGCGUCUCUGAACAGCUCCAUGGAUUCCCUCAAAGCUGAGCUCAACACAGCACUGCAGUAUGACAGGGAAGCUGAGGAUGAAGUCAAGAAGCUUAAGGAGCACACCGCUGACCUGAAGCAGCGCAUUGAGGCCCAGUUCAGCGACCUGCACCAGUUCCUUUACCAGGAGGAGAAGCUACUGCAGGUGAAGCUGAAGACUGAGGAGCGGAGGGAACUGAUCCGCCUGGACGAGCACAAGGCCCUGCUGUGUGUGGAGAUCUCCCGUCUGCAGAGAGCCGUCCAUGAGAUAGAGGACAAACUGAAAGAGCAGGACUCGUUCACCCUGCUCCGGAGCAUCAAAGUUUUGCUCCAGAGGCCAUCGCUGAAGUUUGAGAAGCCUGCUUUUACACCACCCAGUCUGUGCGAAGGUCGGUUUGCAGGGCCCCUGCAGUACAGAGUGUGGAAAUCCAUGAAAGGAAGUAUUUACCCAGUUCCAGCAGCCAUCACAUUUAACUCCAGCACAGCCAACCCUUGGCUGAGCUUGACUUCCUCUCUCACCUGUGUCCGCUACCAGACCUUUAACCACACCGUUCAGGACAACCCCUACAGGUUCAACGCUGCCCUGUCGCUGCUUGGGAGCCAGGGCUUCACCCACGGACGCCACUACUGGGAGAUUGAAGUCUACAGCAGCACAGUCUGGACUGUGGGGGUGGCCCGCGAGUCGGUGCCCAGAAAGGGAGUCAUCAAAGCCCUCCCAGCUAACGGCUUCUGGACUCUCUCCCUCUCUUAUGGGAUACAGUACAUGGCUGGUACAUCUCCUCCAACUGUGCUGUCUCUGGAGGAGCCACUGGCCAGGAUCGGAGUGUACCUGGACUACAAGAGGGGCCUGGUGUCCUUUUACAAUGCUGAGAGCAUGACACACCUGUACACUUUUAGGGAGAACUUCACUGAGACACUGUACCCUUACUUCAACUUGGGCUUCCUGGAUAAAGUGCAUGAAAAUGAGCCUCUCAAAGUUUUCUUACCAAAGAUUUAGCUAACUGUGAAGACAUACAACUGAAAAGGGAGAUAAAGUGUCACAUUUUUGGUAAAAAGUUACCAAAGUUACCAAACUAGCAUGAAGUAAAUAUGCAUUUAAAAAAAAACCCAAAACAUUUAUACUUUCAACUUCAGUGUACCGUUGAUAAUAGAAUUAUCUGUCAAAUAUAAAUACAUGUAGCUUAGGAGCAUUUUUUGUAACACACUGCUCAGUUUGUAGACUGGAUCUACAGCCGCACAAUUCAUGUCAGAGAAGCUGUGCUUCAGUGAAGAAUGUGAAAUGUCUGGUUAACUGGUGGUUGUGAGAUGAACGUCAUGUGCUAUUUUAGUUAAUUAUGUUAUCUUUCUUGUGCAUACAAUACAUUCAAUAUAACAACUUAAUCACUCAAUACUGUGAUUGGUUGAUGUUGGAAAAAAAUGUAAAUAUUGUAAAUAAUGGUGUCAUAUCAUAUGAAUGAUGUGUUUGGUGCAUUUAGGGACAUUGGGAAAUAUAAAACUUCUGAUUGGAGUUGGUAGCAGAAAAGAUAAUAAGACAUGAAAAAGCUACUUGGGUUUAAGAGUCUUUUUUAUGUGCACAAAUUUUUUAAACUUUGUAUAUCUAUUUUGAACUUGCGGUGCUAGAUGCACUGAAUGUACCAUUUAUUUACCCUGGUGAUCCAAAGGCUGAUGCAUGUGAAGAGGCACCCAAUAUCACACAGAGUUAAAUGGGUAACAUUUUAAUAAAAGUACCUUGUGAAAAUCGUUUUCUGUGUGAUCCUUCAAGCAUAAAAAUAAAUAGAACAUCCCCGUUAUUUGAUUACAAACAGUAGAGGCUGAAGUGCUAUUUGUCAUCAUUUAAGAGUAACUUAAACGAUGACUUAAGGUACCCUGUGGAGUUUUUUUUUACCUCCAGUAGUAAUAUGGAGCAGUGUUUUGUAUUGUACAAGUGCACACAUUGGUUUCAUGCUAUUUCACUAAUUGACAGUUGGUGGUGGUAACGCACAAAGACACAUAGUAAUGCACCAACAAAGGCAAUGAAGAGGACUGUAAGUUAGCAGACAUGGAUGUAAUGUAAUGUAAUGCAUGAUUUAAAAAUAUUCAA